AGCCGACCGGAUGUCCAAUUUUCCCAUUCUCAUUUCCAUCGGAUUUGAUUGUUUUUAUUUUUUUUUUCGCGUCUCUUGGUUCGUUUCCGUUUGCGCAUUUCUCGCAGUUUUUUUUUUUUUCUUUAACGGACUUCGACGCUCGGUUUUUCGAAAAAAGAGGAAUCCGUUCCUCACUCCACCGGCCGAAAUGGUUUUUGAAGCGAUUUUCGAUUGUAGAAUGAAGAAAGACAAUUGAAACACACACGUAGAUGUUCGCCAUAGUAGGGAAAGAACAAAGUUAAUACCACAUUGCAGAAAUUAUUGUUUUUCUUUUGAAAACCCAUAUCGCCAGAGUGUCUCUGUAAAUAUUUGAUAGGCAAGAAAAAGCUAUUCGUUUUUUUUUUGUUUUUUUUUUGUUUUUGCGUCUUCGUUCUUUCCGUGUUUAAAUGUGGCCGAGUGUGUAAGUGUGCGUGAGUGUUGCGUGUGAAAUCGAGUGAAGUAUCGCGGCAAUGUUGUUUUUUGUUGUUCACUUGCCGUUUACGGCGGGUUAGUUGAAGGAAAAUAAAUCAUUUGGAAGAACAAACAACAUUAAAAAACACACACACACACACACACACAAAGAAAAGGCCGGCCGAUGCCGUGGAACAGCUGUGGAUUGGUCAGAGCCACGAGCAGGUCUGCUCACAUCUCGUCUCGCUCUCAAGUUUUGGCUGCUGCUGGAUCUGUCGAGCCCCACAUCCGGCAGCAACCACCAUUGGAGCGACGACGACCUUAAGGAUCCCAUCCGGUGCCAUACGCACAUCAUCCCAAGCAGAACCAACUACAGUAAAAACGAGGAACAUCUGCGUUUUGUUCCUUUAUUUCAUCUCCGUUGGUCGUCUUCCCCUUUUUCUUUUCGUGUGUGUGUGUGUGUCUGUGUCUGUGUGUGUGUGUGUGUGUUUUACUGACAGUCACGGCGGGUCAUGACGUCGGUAUUACAAGUCCUCACAACUGUGACGAUGAUCGGCUUUUUGAUAUGGAAUUGUGUGGUGGUGGCGGCGGCAGCGUCGGCAGCUGCGGGAACGGGAUCGUAUCGAAUCCGGUCUCGGCCGCCUGCCGGAACGACGCACCAAUCGCGGUCGUCAUCAACGGGCAUGAGCCGCAGCAGCGGCGCAGGCAACAGCAAUUGGCAAGACGUUUAUAUCGCUGGUUUUUUGGCGCUGAGCGACCACGAAAUCGAGGCGCCGCUGGGCCAGGGGGUCAUGCCGGCCAUCACGCUGGCCCUCCGCCAUUUGGCCAACAGCACCUUCCUCCACGACUACCGACUGCGUCUCCUCUACAACGACACGCAGUGCAGCGCCUCUGUGGGGAUGAAGGCCUUCUUCGACAUGAUGGACAAGGAUCCGCGCAAAGUCAUGAUCCUCGGCGGCUCCUGCACUUCCGUCACCGACUCGAUCGCCAAGACGUCCAAACACUGGCGCAUCCCCGUGCUGUCGUACGCCGACACGCACCCGAUGUUUACGCGAAAGAGCUACCCGAAUUUCUUCCGGAUCGUGCCCAGCGAGAACGCCUUCAACGCGCCACGCGUCAAACUCCUCCAGGCCUUCAACUGGACCCGCGUCGGCACCCUCUACCAGAACGAGCCGAGAUUCGCCCUGGCGCAUAACGGACUGGUGUCGCUGCUGGACAGCGCCGGGAUCGAGCUGACCGAGUCGCAGGGCUUCGUCAACGACCUGACGCAGCCGCUGGCCAAAUUGAUGGAGAAGGACGUGCGCAUCAUCCUGGCCAGUUUCAACGCCACCUGGGCCCGCCGCGUCUUUUGCGCCGUCUCGCGCAUCAACCUCUACGGCGGCCGCUACCAGUGGAUCCUGGCCGGCCCGCGCCAGGAGCGAUGGUGGAUGUCGCAAGCCGAGGACCAACAGGAUCCCGCCGUCAAUUGCACAUCGUACGAGAUCCUGGCCGCGCUCGAAGGAGCUUUCGUCGUCGACGUCUUACCUCUGACCAGCUCCAAACAAGUCACCAUUUCCGGAUUGACGGCCGAGGAGUACGAGAAACAGUACAACAAGGAGCGAGGCGAUUCGUAUUCGCAAUUCCACGGCUACGCUUACGACGCCGUGUGGACGGCGGCGCAGACGGUCAAGACGGUCAUUCACAAGUUGCACGAGAGGAACAGGAUGGCCAAAGCUGCAGCGUCGUCGUCCAGUUCGAGGCAACGGCAGCAGUUGCGCCACUGGAGCCUGCGCAAUUUCACUUACAGAGAUCCGGGAUGGGAGAAGCUGUUGCUGGACGCGUUGCGGAGCGUCGACUUCAACGGUGUGACGGGCCGGAUCAAAUUCGAGGAGAACGAACGGAGCGGGCGGCUGACGGUGAAGCAGAUCGUCGGUGCCCACGAGGUGCCCGUGGCCGAGUACGAGAACGCCAGCGACACGCUCUUCCUCAACGAGUCGGCCAUCUCGUGGAUGUCGGAGAGCAAACAGCCGCCGCGCGACCGGACCAUCCAAACGAUCGAGCCGUCGCGCAUCAGCAUCCCCGUCUUUGCCACGUUGACCAUCGUCGCCGCCAUCGGCAUCGUCCUCGCCUCCUCUUUCCUCGCCGUCAACAUCCGAUUCAGGAAUCAGAGGUACAUCAAAAUGUCGAGCCCUUACCUCAACAACAUGAUCAUCAUCGGCUGCCUCCUGACGUACACGAGCGUCAUCCUCCUGGGACUGGACUCGCACCUGACGAGCGAGUCGGCCCUGCCCGUCAUCUGCACGGCCCGCAUCUGGACGCUCAUGGCCGGCUUCACCCUGGCCUUCGGCUCCAUGUUCUCCAAAACGUGGCGCGUCCACUCGAUCUUCACCGACGUCAAACUCAACAAGAAGGCCAUCAAGGACUACCAGCUCUUUAUGGUCGUCGGCGUCCUCCUCACCAUCGACAUCGCCAUCCUCACCACCUGGCAGAUCAUUGACCCGUUUUACCGCGAGACCAAGCUCCUCGAGCCCUACCCGCAUCCCAGUCAGGACAACGCGGAAAUCCGGCCGGAGAACGAGUACUGCCAGAGUAAUCACAUGACCAUUUUCGUCUCAUCCAUCUACGCCUACAAAGGACUCUUGAUGGCGUUCGGUUGCUUCUUGGCGUGGGAGACGCGUAAUGUCAACAUACCUGCUUUGAACGACUCGAAAUACAUUGGUAUGAGCGUGUACAACGUGGUCAUCAUGUGCGUGAUUGGCGGUGCCGUUUCCUUCAUCCUGGAGGACGAGCAGGACGUUUCCUACGUCAUCAUAUCGAUCUUUAUCGUUUUCUGCACGACGGGCACCCUCUGUCUCGUCUUCGUUCCCAAGCUGAUCGAGUUGCGGAGGAAUCCGCAGGGGACGAUCGAGAAACGCGGCGUCCGAUCGACGGUGAAACCGCAGCUGCCGGGCGGCAAAUACGGCGCAGGAGGAGGCGGAAGUGGCGUCGCUAGGCAGAACAAGAGCGCUGCUAAUCAAAAUCGCGAGACGAGCCUGCAGUACAAGAGCAAGACGCGCAACGCCAAACUGCGCAAGGAGUUGCGCAACCUCGACGACCAAAUUCAAAAACUUUUGGAACAACUUGGAGAAGAUAACGAUUCGCUGGCAAAGGAUGGACCUUCGUUCACCUAUUCAAAAAUCGAUUCAGACUGCAGGGUACCGUCUGUCAGCGGAGCUGAUACCAUGUCGCUCAGUUCGCUAAUAUCUUCGCCCGAGCCGACAUCCACCUCACCGCAUCACGCAAAGGAGAACGGAGGCAAGGGAGUUCGCAGUGGACAUCAUCAGGAGCUGCAGCAACAACAGUCGGUGGCCCAGUCGACGUCCAGUGGCUCUGGCAGCGGAUCGACCGCGCCAGCGACGACGAGCGUGGCCAUGUGGACGGCCAUCAGCAACCCGCUCCUGCUCAUCAGUCACGUCCUCAAGCGCUCGAUGGAUCUGCAGCCAACCGGCGCUGCCACCAAUAAUGAAUCGAUGAUGGUCCAAUGCGAUGAGACGUCAUCGGCACAGCAGGCGGCCGACGACAACCCGUCCAGAGGAGUCAACGCCUGCUGCGAGUGCGUCAGCGUCGAGCGACACGCUGAACCGGCCAAUGUGGACUGGCAGAAUCAAACAAUAGAUCAGGCCGCCCCAUUUAUUUCCAGCAACAGCAGGGACGCAAUGGAAUUGGACGAACUAGACGGCAAUGGCACCUCUCUGUUAAUGGUGAAGAAAGACGCCAAAGACGGAAGAGAAGAAGAAAUAGAUAAAGACGAGGAAGAGAGUGGAAACAUUUUGAGGCUGAUGGCUAAACCGACAACGCCGCACCAAUCUCCGGCCGGAUCCUUCAUUUCCAACCUGUCAGGCGACCGUUCCGGCAUUGGCGGCGGCGGCGGAAUGCAGUCGGAUUCGCCAUUCGAUGAAUGGGCCGCUGGUCCACAAGUCCACAAGAGCUCGGGCUCGGUCUCGCGUUGCGCUUGCCAUCAUUCAUCCGGCUCGGGAUUGGGGGUCAGCGGGGCGGCCAGAAGACGACGUUGCCAAAUGAUGGAGAGCUUGAGUCUGACUGAAAUCCGGUCGUCGCCCAUUACGGGCAAUGGCACGUCUUUGUCAUCCGAAUUCGAGCCCAUCCAUAACCGAAGUCUUUCGGUUCAAGGCACGAUGGCAACGCGAUCUCGUCUCUCUCCUUAUUCGGUCGAUUGCAAAACUGGAGCACCUUACGGCCACCAGCAGGAACACAGCCGGAGCGAUUCUUCGUUCAAUUACGAAUCGAACAUGUCCGAAGUGGAUCCGGCCAACAAGCUCGUCAACUACUUCGAGUACCGCUCCUUGGAGAGCAUCACCUCGCCGACCAUCAGCGACACGACCAUCAGCCAGCAGGACGACGACGCCAAUGAUGACGAAGUAGAUGAGGAAGAAGAAGAAGAAGAAGCCAAUUCCACUCGCGUCAAUUUUGACGAAGGUUCCACCUUCACCUCGCCCAGAGAGGAAGACCUGGUCGUUAUCGAAGACGGUCUCUACUCGUUGCCAAUGGCCAUCACGGACAUGAACAGUUCGCAAACGGUGAUGGUCGUCAACGGAGUUGAUAAAAGCUCGUCUUCGCCCGAAGAAACGAGACUUACACCUUCGCCGGCCACGACACCUGUCAAGACCAGUUGCACUGGCAGCUCCCCCAGUCUUCCCAGUCCGAAUGUGACGAGCGCAACAACAACAACGACGACGACGACGGCGUGUAACGUUACGUUCACCAGCACACCGUGUCGCUCAUCAUCGACGUCCAGCAAAGGGUCCAGAGGAUCAACCAGUGGCAAAAGCAAGUCGCAAUCGACGCGUGAUCGACGGAGAAGAGCACAAGGCAACAACAAAUUGAACAGCAAUGAGGACGUCAGCGGCCGUUCGAGUAAGCCAACUCAGCAGGGAAGUGAGCAGCGUACGCAGCAGCCCGCAAUCGAACACUCUGAUUGGAGUAUUCUUCCCAUUUUCAAGCAACUCAUCGUUCAGAAGCAACUGGAAAGUGGCGGUGGUUGCCAUUCGCAGCCGAUCAGCGGCGUCAGCGACGAUGAGAGGAUAACGACGAAGACGACGACGAAAUCAGCUAUCGAAGAUAUUGACGAAGAUCACCGCCAAAUGUCCUCGUGUCCUAAUCUUUCUAUCAAGUGUGAUGUUGUCGAGUAUUUUUAGUUGAUUGAGAACCUUUACCAAAACAAUGUCGCCCUUGUAACUGUCGUUUUUCAAACGCUAUCAAAACAGCAACUAAAACAUGCUAAUUAUAUCCCAAAUCUCUACUUGACUGUUGAUCUCUCCUCGCACACACAUUCCAUCUCCGAUUGUGUAUAUCAUCGUGUGUCAAAUACCCAAAUAUAUAUAUCUAUGAAUUAUGAA